GGAGGAAGGGCGGCCGGCCGAGCAGGAGGUGCCUGCGCGCCAGCCGUCCAAUCCGGGCGCGGAAAGAGGCGAAGGGAGCGGCCAGGCAGGCGCGGCGGGGCCCCGAGUCGGCGGCGGGGCGGGCUCGCGCAGGCAGGCAGCAGGCAGGCAGGCGGGCGCUUCUCCAGCUGCGGCGGCGGGGUCGUCCAAGCCAGGCUCCCUCCCUCCUCCCUCGGGCCGUAGUACCCGGGCGCACAGCUAGGAGGCCGGCUGCGCCGCGGCGCCUCUGCCUGCCCGUCUGCUGGCGGCGGCAGUGGCGGUGGUGGUCGCAGCAGCAGCAGCAGCAGCAGCGGCAGGCGCCGCCAGCCCAGGAGCCGCUGCUUCGCCCUCGGACCACCGCAGCCGGGCUGCCAGUUGCCCGCCGCCUCCGGCUCUCGGCUGGUGCCCGCAUCUCCGCCCGCGGCGGCCGGGCAGGGGCUCCCUCCGACCAUGGGCGACAAAGGCACCAGAAAGCAGAGGAGACGCUGUCUCUCCGGCAUCGACAUUGGCUUCCUCUCAUCAUUUCCCUGUCUGCUCUUGCAGUUGUAACAUGAUGGCGACCUACAAAUACAGAGUGUUCAAGAAGGCCAGUCCCAACGGGAAGCUCACAGUGUACCUUGGCAAGAGGGACUUUGUUGACCACAUAGAUGUCGUCGAUCCGGUUGAUGGCGUUGUGUUGGUUGAUCCGGAAUACUUAAAAGAGAGGAAAGUCUUCGUGACGCUGACAUGCGCCUUCCGCUACGGCCGCGAGGAUCUGGACGUCCUGGGCCUGACCUUCCGCAAGGAUCUUUUUGUGGCCAACAUCCAGGCCUUCCCUCCGGUCCCUGAGGAGAAGAAGCCCCUGACGCGGCUCCAGGAACGGCUGAUUAAGAAGCUCGGUGAGCAGGCCUACCCUUUUACCUUCGAGAUCCCACCCAACCUUCCAUGCUCUGUGACGCUGCAACCUGGACCAGAAGACACAGGCAAGGCUUGCGGCGUUGACUAUGAGGUCAAAGCUUUCUGUGCAGAGAACCUGGAAGAGAAGAUCCACAAGAGGAACUCCGUCCGCUUGGUGAUCCGUAAAGUUCAGUAUGCGCCGGAGCGGCCCGGACCGCAGCCCAUGGCUGAGACCACCAGGCAGUUCCUCAUGUCUGACAAGCCCCUGCACUUGGAGGCCUCCCUGGACAAGGAGAUUUACUACCACGGGGAACCAAUCAACGUCAAUGUCCACGUAACGAACAACACCAACAAGACGGUGAAGAAGAUUAAGAUCUCAGUCCGCCAGUAUGCAGACAUCUGCCUGUUUAACACAGCCCAGUACAAGUGCCCAGUUGCAGUGGAGGAAUCAGACGACGUGGUGGCUCCUAGUUCGACAUUCUGCAAGGUCUACACACUGACCCCCUUCCUCGCCAACAACCGGGAGAAGCGCGGCCUGGCCUUAGAUGGCAAGCUCAAACACGAAGACACCAACCUGGCUUCCAGCACUCUGUUGAGAGACGGGGCCAACAAGGAGAUCCUGGGCAUCAUCGUCUCGUACAAAGUGAAAGUGAAACUGGUGGUUUCUCGGGGCGGCCUUCUGGGAGACCUUGCCUCCAGUGACGUAGCCGUGGAGUUGCCGUUCACGCUUAUGCACCCGAAGCCGAAGGAGGAGCCCUUGCACCGGGACGUUCCAGAAAACGAAGCGCCCAUUGACACAAAUCUCAUAGAACUUGAUACAAAUGACGAUGACAUUGUGUUUGAAGACUUUGCCCGGCAGAGGCUGCAAGGGAUGAAGGACGAGAAGGAGGAAGACGAGGACGGCACCAACUCCCCGCAGCUGAACGACAGAUAAACUGGAUUGCCUCCCCCCCCCCACUCCCCGCACAGCUCUCUCUUUCUCUCUGUUUCCCAGUUUUGACACCCCGGCACUCGGCUUCUUCUCUUUUGUAUGAGUUGGGGGGUGGGGUUGUGUUUUUUAAACUUCGACCAGGAACCCGGGGUCGCUCCACCAGCAGGUGGGCACUGCUGCUGCCCCCACCCCUGUAGCCCACUCGGCAAGCUGCCAGGCUUUGCGGAUGGGCUUGGAGGAGGAGCACCCGUCUGUGAACUGCGUCGCGGGUGUGCUUGUGUGUGUGUUUGUGCGUGCUGUCGUACAGCGAAUUGCGGGAUGUCCGUGCUCUGCUUGUGUGCGGAGAGGGUGGAGAGAGAACGAGAGAGAUGUCCUUCUCCUCUCAUAUGACUAGAACGUGGCCUCAUUCAGUGACGGGGAAUGGAGUCGGGACAGGCGACAGAAAGUCCUUCUUGGCCCAAUGCAUAGUUCACUUACGGGACCCACUGCCACAAGAUGCAAGCUGGUGAGUCAGUACAGAUCAGCCUUGUACCCUUGGCCCCUCCAGCUCAGCACUGCCUACUCUGGCUGGCAGCGGCAGCAGCUCCUCGGGCGCCUGGCAGGCAGAGGCCUGGCUUCCUGAGAGCCUUUCGACUGGCAAGGGCACUGGACCGCCUGCCCGCAAAGGCUGGGCACUGGCACUGGAUUAGGACCACGUGCAGAUGGGGUGGGGCCAUGGCCAGCCAGUCAGAGGACUUUAAAAGGGAAUUAGGCGCGUGGAGGAGAGCAUGAGCCGCUGUGGGGAGGAGUCAGGAGGCAAGUGCCUAAAGCCUGCCAUCGAUGGCCCCUUGGCCUGGUCCAGUUGGGCGCUGCGUCUCAUCUCCUAGUGCCGUUUUGCAUUGUGUAGUGUCUUAUUCUAUUCAACUGCAAUGUUAUGUAGGGCCAGGAUUGGCCUCCUGCACCUUUGAGAUGUUCCUGACUCAGCCUAGGCCAGGAGUUCUCAACCUUGGUCCCCUAGUCGUUGCUGGACUACAACUCCCAUCAACCCCAGCCCCAAAGGCCAUUGGGGCUGGGGUUGAUGGGAGUUGUAGUCCAGCAAUACUUGGGGACCCCAAGGAAUCCCUGAGCUGGACCGUUUGUUUCAGCCUUUGCAAGGCAGAGCCCGACUCUGAAUCCAUUGCUUAAUGCAGGAAUCCUCAACUUUGGAUCCCCCAGAUGUUGGACUACAUGUUGGACCAUCAUAGCUGGCCUUUGGGACUGGGGGCGAUGGGAACAUCUGGAGUCCUAAAGUGGAGGACCCUCUGCAUUGUUUCCUGCUCAAGAGUUGUGGGCCAUGGGCACACCUCUUUGGCCACCAUGGCCACUUCAGCCUUGCACCCAGCUCACAAAGACACACUUGUAGCCCCAGGUUGUAAGGUACAAGGCUGGCUUCAGGGCUUUUCUCCUUUAGCAUCACAUUGGCAGGCACCAGACCUUUUCUUGCAUUGGAAUUCCCAGGCUGGCCAACUCCCUGCUCCUUCAGGGAGCAGGCAAUGUUCUUUGUGAAAUAGUGUCAUGGCUGCCGGUAUUUACCCAAGCAUGGGUGUUGCUGUAUUCUUGCAAGGGGCCAUGUUCUUUUUGCAUCCUUCAGGGAUCUGUGUGCACUGCAUCCUAAGGCUAAGGAGCAAAGGUAUAGCAGAGGAAGGGAAGGCAACCGAGAGAAUUGAAAGGUGGCUUGCAGGCUACCUACUGAAGAAAAGGCCGAGAUAGGCAAGUGCUUUUUUAGUUUUAACCAUGGGUCAAGAAAAUACAAAAAAAACCCCUCUGUAUAUUAAUGGUCACAAUGCAGCCAAUUCCUCAUUUUAAAAGAAAUACCUUAACUCCGUUCUUGCACUCAGCAGUAAGGCAGCUUAAAAUUUACUCGACUCUUGACAGCAUCAAAGAAAGAAAGAAAAGGAGUAUAAAAGAUGAUUUGUGUUGUUGGUGCCUCAGAAUAAAAUAUUUCUGUAUUUUGGCUGAAGAGCCCCGUGCAACACAAAAACUUGCAGCCGUUAGCCCACUAGAACGGCUCCUUUGCUACUUGUUUCCCUGCUGAGGGAUGACUCAGAAUGGUUCCAUUUCCAAAGUGGAGAGAUUUGGGUUUGCAUCAGGAAGAGGGGAUGGCAAUUCUGGGGUUUUGCCCUGUUCCGCUCUGGGCUGGCAUUCGGCUUUACCCCAGGUGUGCUCAGUCAGGCAGAAACGGGCAGGUGAAGCUUUCUGUGCCAUGGUGCUGCUCACCUGUCCCACUUUCACAGACUGGUGGGAACACGCUGUGCCCCCCCCCGGAAAGCUGGAUCCCUCCCCCCUUGAGGAGCAGCCAGCGCUGGGCCCAUGCAGCUGCUGGGUCCGGUCUCAAGAAGACACACAUCCUUUGCCUCUUGUUUCAUGCAUAGCUGUGUUUGAGGCGCUAAUGUACAGUAUGUGGAAACUUUGCACUUCUGUGUUGGUGGACUUGUUUGGGCUUGGGGACCUACGGAGAGAGGGGCAGGGCAGAGCACAGGUGGGGGGGCCCCCGCAGGCAACGCCACAGAGGGGCGGGAGCCCGCAGCCCAGCGACCCCUUGGCGAGCUUUCCCGAGCCAAACUGGGCGGCGGGCUCCGUUUUGUAACGUGGUUCCUUUGUACUGUUCCUCGACCUCUCGGUUCCUCCACGGUAUUCUCUGUGACGUUUCUGUGUUUUGUCAAAUAAAUUAUUCUAGUUUAUUAAUCUUAGAAAACACAAA